UGCCGACAUCAUCAGCAGUGAAAUGGCUGGCAAUAUUGCUGACAAAGACUUGAUCCAAAGUUUGUCGUGGCUUCGAAAAUUGCUUCCACUUUGCAUUUUGAUUGUAGUUGCUAACCUUAUCGCUCUUGCAGUUUUCCUGAAAAGGUCGUUGCUUGUCAAGAAAUCCACCUACCUUCUGGUGAACCUCACCAUCGCUGAUUUGCUCGUUGGAUUUUCGGGCGUUAUAUUAGAAGUUUUAUGGAAAAUAUUUCCAUCUCUUGAAUAUACAUAUAUGCACAUGAUUUACGGGGGUUUUGUUGUGUUUAGCACAUCCAGCUCUAUCCUGACACUAGCUGUUAUUUCUGUAGAGAGAGUAAUUGCAGUGUUUUGGCCGUUUCAUCAUCGUCUUGCAAAACGAUGGCACUUCCUAACUACCAUUGGGUUUGUAUGGCUACUUUCUGUUGUUGCAGGAAUUACAUAUUCGUUUUUUUGCAGAGCGAUUUCGAAUAAACGUUUGAGUGCGGAAGUCAAUUAUUCCAUUAUAUCAGUAGCAUCACUUUCUACAAUACUCGCUUCCUAUCUUUCCAUUUGGAUCAAAAUGACAUUCUUCACCAAGUUUCGUCGCUCCCGAACAAUCCAAGAGAACAGUAAAUUAACCAAAACACUAUUCAUAGUGACUUUGGUUUCACUAGGAACCUGGAUGCCAAGAACAGUAGCAGAUAUUGUCUUGCUUUUAGAAGUAGAUACAAUAGUUUCUAAAAUAGAAGUUUACCAAGUCGUAUACAUUGUAUUUCUUAGUAACUCAUUUCUCAAUCUUGCUGUUUAUUUGUUCAAAAUGCCUGAAUUUACGAAAGAACUCAGAAAUUUAUGCAUCUGCGGUAAAUGUACGUAGUUAGAAAAUAUUAUGCAUUCUACGACACCGAAAAUCAUUAUAGCUUUUACCGAAUAAUUGCUCAGAAGUCCCCCCGCUUUAAAUAAUGGCCCCGUCUUUUUCCGUGAUUUCAUUGUCACUAAAUAACAUCAGAAAGACAUAAAAGAACCAUUGAGGACUUAAAGAAACCCUAAAGUCAAGGAUCAUCUCAGUGUCUACAACUCGUACUAACCACUGCGUGUUCACUCCAAUAUAUAAUUCAUAAAGCCUAAACCAUAACUCGGCAUUAAUAUGCUAGUAACGUAGGUUGUGAAGUUAUAAAUUUCAUAUUAUGUUACUUAAUUUCUUUUGCGCUAAUUUCUGUCUAAAUAUUA